AUGAGCAUGGAGGCAGCCUUGGAGGAAGAGAGACUCGAGGUAGAGCAGCUAGUUGCUGCUCGGAAUGCCGCUCCUCGACCUCACAGUGCCCUCAGCAACGCUAGGUCUUCGUCCCCCUACACACCUCGAUCUCCAGUUAGGAGCAUGCUGGAUAUAGGUAAGCAGGCCGCGCCUGUCCGGAGCAUGCUUGAUAUGGACAGUCCUCCGCCUUCCGCCUCUGCAACAAAAGCCGUCUUCAGCACUCCAUCGUCGCCGGUUCUCAUGUCGAACCAGUUGGCGAAAGCCUCAAACACCACGCAUCCCAGACACAUGUCCGAUGUCUCGGGCCAGUCUGUCAGCUUCGGCCCUAGAUCCACUGCCAGCCGCGAUCCGACCUCCCAGUUCAAGUUCGGUGAUAUCGUCACGAGCCAGGGCCAGGUGUUACCCAAGCGCGUCUACCAGGGCAACAAAAAGGACGUCCAAUCACAGUCCUCGAUGUCGCACAUUGUACGCGGAGGUGACGUACCCACCAUUCCACUUCCCGGUGAUAGAGGCCGUCACUCCGUGGCAGGUCCAUCGAUGCGUGUAGGAAGCAAAUCCAGAUCUCCUCACUCGCGUCUUGGUGCGCGGUCCACCUCACCAGGCAACCCCCUGAUCCAUGGUAGGACCAUGAGUCCGGCGGGUAGAGCGUUGCUCCAGGAGGCCUACCCGGGGGUGGACAUGAACAAUGCGUACCGCAAACUGUCAGAUCUUAACCGUCUCCGUGCCGGUGGGCUCCUCGCCAAUUCCGUGGGCCGCAAGAGAUCGGACGACCAACCUGGCGGUGGAAGGCUUGUCAAGGACUUCCUGAGUCCUGAUGGCGACGAAAUGCUUGACGAUAGCAGCGAUGAGCAGGGCUAUUCGUCUCAGGAGGAGGGCCAGCGCGGGCGCAAGGCAGCUAGAGACUCCGACAAGCCUGCCCAGACCCCCGAGGCGAGGCAGAUCAAGAGCUUGCUGGCUGCCGCCGAGGAAGAGCGCAUCAAUGUCACCAAGCAGGCUCCCAAGUACCAAUACCGAUCGCUUUUUGACGACCCUGAGAUCACCGUCACAACUCCUUCGGGUGAGGUGUCGAAAGAGUCAAAGUCCAAAAAGGUGCAUCCCGCCACAAAUUUCGACGAGGGCCCACCCUCCGGCGCCAGGACCCCCAUGGACUCUGACGAUGAGGCGGAUCUUGUCGAUAUCAAGCGCGCACAGAAGCUGUCCUUCUCUCAGACUGCGAUCAUGAACACGCCAAAUGCAGCUCGGGCUGUUCGUAUCAUCUACCGGGGAGACUAUGGCCAGGUGAGCCAGGCUGCUAAAGCAGACGGUCGCGACCUUCGUAAGUAUAUCGUCGCGACUGAUCUCAGCGACGAGUCUACACACGCUCUGGAGUGGGCGGUCGGUACGGUUAUGCGAGAUGGCGAUACCAUGAUUUGCCUUUACUGCGUCGACGAAGAGAUCGGAAUUGCACCCCGCGAUGGGUCCCAGGUACCGGACGAGCGCAAGGCUAUGCGCGAACAAGGCACGGCUCUGAACACAAUCACGGCCAGUAAGGCACCAGUCACCCCCGGCGGUAGCUCCAUUGAGCUGCAGAAGUCGUCGCUUGGCCACAACUCGGAGUCUUCGCUCAGCCCGGCCCGAUCCAAGGCUGAAGUUGAGCGCCACAUGGCAGUUCAGGAUAUUACUGAGAGGGUCAAGAAAUACCUCCGGAAGACUAGGCUUCAAGUCCGGGUUAUUGUCGAGGUACUACAUUGCAAGAAUCCUAAGCACCAGAUUCUGGAGAUUAUCGAUGUCGUCAGCCCAACUCUUGUCAUCCUGGGCAGCCGUGGACAGAGUGCCCUGAAGGGCGUCAUUCUUGGCUCAUUUUCUAACUACCUGGUGACCAAGAGCUCUGUUCCUGUCAUGGUGGCUAGGAAGCGUCUGAGGAAGCAGUCCAAGUACAAGAAGAUGGCACUCACGCAGGUCAACAACAUCAACAACCCGACAGCAAGGAGCCUGGCGAAUGCCAAGGUCGACUAGGUGCGGACCUAACCCUUCUGAUGGCCCUUUCGUCUUGCCGGGCGUGUCUUCAGACGGGAUACAAUGAUGCGAAUAGCGAUGUGGGCCUUAUGAAGGGGGCGAAGCUCAGAGCUAAAGGCUUACCGGGGGCGGGGGGUUAGGUUUGGCAAAGGAAAAAACAAAUGGUUAUGAAAGACAUUGCAAUUCGAAGGUUUCGGUGGGAGGAGGGAGGCAGACAGUCAGGGGUUUGAUAGUUUGGAGUUUCUUUGAAGGUGUCUACAUCUCUUCUCUCUGCCAGCGGCCAUGACUUGAUGAUAUUCUUAGCUUUUGGCCAUCUUUGUAUGGACCUGCUAGCAAUAGGUUUCCAGCGACUUAACGUCGACAGAAAUUUUUGGCUAGUAUCUUGGAACCC